CGCUACCGUUACCCAGUCCGCGCGUAACCGUGUCUGGACUUAAUUAUUGGGGCUGCCAAUUAACAUCGCAAUUAUACGAAGUCCCGGUGCAACUCCAAUAAUUGGAAAAUGUCCGGAUUCGCAGCGGCGGGUCUCGUAGCCUUUGACUCCUUCAAGACCAAAGCAUCGCAGAAACUAUCCGGAUUUCGAAGAAGCACCACUGGUUACGAGGAGUUCGAAGGCCCGCGCGAGGGUAGCAAGGACAACAGGGCAUUCGAGGAUGAGAGGGAAUACAGCAGGCAGCCCUCGUUCGAUUCGCUUCCGGAGCCGGAAAGACCACCGUUACGGCACAUCGAUACUUACUGCAUGCCGGAAUGCCCGUGCCUCUCGAAGAGGUACACUAUCGCGACCCUGGCCUGUGUAGGUUUCAUCAUCUCGUUCGGCAUGAGAUGUAACAUGGGUAUGGCCAAGCUGGCGAUGAAGAACAGCACGAAAGAGGGCGAGAACAAUAGCAUCAAGUUCAACUGGACGGUCGGCACGGAGAGCGCCCUCGACUCGUCCUUCUUCUGGGGUUACCUGGUCACCCAAGUGCCCGGCGGCUUCUUGGCGUCCUUGUAUCCCGCGAACAGAAUAUUCGGCGCGGCGAUCGCGAUAUCCUCCUUCCUGAAUCUCCUGGUACCGGGCGCGCUGAACGUGGACCCCAUCGCCGACAUGUGCGUGCAGGUGCUGAAGGGUUUGGUCGAGGGUGUCACAUAUCCGGCGUGUCACGGUAUCUGGAAGUACUGGGCGCCGCCUCUGGAGAGAUCCCGCCUGGCCACCUUGGCCUUCUGCGGAUCGUACGCGGCGAUGGUGAUAGGCAUGCCGCUCUCGGGUUACCUGAGCGCCUGGUUCGGCUGGACCGCGUCGUUCUACUUCUACGGCAUGUGCGGCUUGAUCUGGUACGGGUUCUGGCUGUGGCUGGCGUUCGAGAAGCCGGCUAAGCACCCUUGCAUCUCGGCUCGCGAGCUGCGCUACAUCGAGGACUCCCUCGGGCAAGGCCAGGCGCUGAUGCCGGUGCCGACGUUGUCGACGACCCCCUGGCGGAAAUUCCUCACCUCGAUGCCCGUCUACGCCAUCAUCGUCGCUAACUUCUGCAGAUCCUGGAACUUCUACCUGCUGGUGCUCUUUCAGCCGCGUUUCAUGCACGAGUCCUUCGGCAUGCCCCUCGUCGAGACCGGAGUGAUCGGCUCGCUUCCGCAUCUGCUGAUGACGAUGAUCGUGCCGUGCGGCGGUUUGCUGGCGGAUUACCUUCGUAAGCACGGUAUCAUGUCGACGACGAAUGUCAGAAAGGUUUUCAAUUGCGGCGGCUUCGGUAUGGAGGCGAUCUUCUUCUUAGUGGUGGCUCAUGCGACCACGCACAAGAGCGGGACUGCGGCCACGAUCGCUCUCGCGAUCGGCGUCGCGUGCAGCGGUUUCGCCAUCUCCGGCUUUAACGUGAAUCACCUGGACAUCGCGCCCAGAUACGCCAGUAUCCUGAUGGGUAUGUCCAACGGGAUCGGCACCAUCGCCGGUCUGCUGGUCCCUUUCUUCGUGGACGAAAUCACGGAGGAAAAGGACGCGGAGAGCUGGCGGAACGUUUUCAUCAUAGCCGCGUGCGUACACAUCUUCGGGGUGACGUUCUACGCGAUCUUCUGCUCCGGCGAGUUGCAACCCUGGGCUGACCCCAGUCUGGAGGAGCAGAAGGCCUGGAAUCCGAUGGACGAGUUCCAAGCGAAACCACCGGUUCCCCCGCCGCCGAAAACCAUGCAAUCUGAGUUCAUAAAACAGCCGUCCCUCGAAGGAUCCGCCAACGACAACUGGAAUGCUUACGAGCAGCCGGCGCCGCCCGAGAACCAUCUGUACGCACGGCAGGAUAAAGCCUCCGUGAUAAACUACGGCUCGACGGAGAGCAGCGGCAACAAUCCGUUCCAUUCGACGAAUCCGUUCGCCAGCGACGUGAACGCGACCCUCGUGCAGCCGCCAGCGACGGACGACUACACGCACGACGUCAUGCACAAUCAGCAGUGGAAUUGA